AGUUCGAACCUCAAAGCCUCAAUCUAAAAAGUUUUGUUAUUGUACCACAAUAUUCGUUGUAUUUGUUUUAAUGUAAUUUAUAUUUAUUAAGAGAAAUGGAAAACAUGCACAGCUCAAACUUUUUUUCCAUGUUCAGUGAUAAGCACACUGACAAUCCAGAUCAUAAUUAUCAGAGUUUUGUGAAAAGUGCAGCUAAAUAUCAUUUUCAGCUCAAAGCGGUUAUACACGACAUAACAAAAUGUAACAAUUCAAUGGAAAAAUUAAAUGAAUUAAAUGAAACAGGCAGAAUGCUAAUGACCAAUAUAAGAGAUUUACUUGAGAAAAUAGAUUUGCAUGCAAAAGAGACUGGUGAUCAGAAGUUUGUUCUUGAAUUAGAAUCACAACGCAACAUUCAAGCAAGCCUUAUCAAAGAAUUCAAAGAAGCAAAUAUAAACAAAAUGUUAGAAAUUGAAAAGUCUCAAAGAGAGAACCUUUUGAGAUCACCAGAUGGAGAAAAUUCAUCAUUAAGAUUAAGGAAAAGUAAAGUUGACCAAAAUGGAUUACUUAAAGUAUCAACAGGUGUGACAGAACAAUUGCUAACAAUCAGUAGACAACUGGCAGCCACAACACAAAGAAGUCAAGACACAUUGGACAAUUUGGUGUCUUCAAGUUCAACUGUACAAGGUACACAAUCGGAGCUGGAACACACGAGCAGCACAAUCCAAGAGUCUGGCAAACUACUGAAGAAGUACGGGCGUCGGGAGUUCACUGAUAAAGUUAUCAUGUUCUUUGCAUUCCUAUUCUUUUUAGCUGUCUGUUUGUAUAUCGUUCAGAAACGGCUGUUUUAAUGACCCUUAAUAAAUAAUCUUAUUAAAUUUAUUUAUAAUAUCUAAUUUAUUGAAAGCUAUAAAAUCAAUAAAAUUGUUGUUAAAAA